GGAAAAGAUAAUCGCCAAGGCUAGCGCCAACUCCCUUGUAUACACUUACCGGCGGAUAAAAGCAAUGGCUGACUUCGCCUCGCGUUUAGUUCUGACCAAAGCGAGAUCCUUACAGGUGAAAACCCAAUUCACACAAAGAAGAGUGUGCAAUCCAUGGUGUAAUUCUCUGGAAAAUUAAGGAAUCGUGGAGCUUUUGAAACUCCUGCUAUGACUUCUACCGAAACUCCUUCUAUUCCUGCCUUCUAUGAAGGCCGAUCUGUCUUCAUCACAGGAGCGACAGGAUUCAUUGGAAAGGUUCUUGUUGAGAAACUCCUCCGGUCAUGUCCGGGUGUCCAGAAAGUAUACAUAUUAAUGAGAGAAAAACGAGGAAAAGAACCCAAGCAGCGCUUGGAGGAGCUCCUCAACUGUAAAGUGUUCGAUUUGGUGAAAAAAGAAAAUCCAGAAGCAGUUCAGAAAGUCGUUGUGGUCCAUGGUGACUUGUCCUUGCCUCAGUUGGGAGUAUCGCCGGCCGAUCUCGAAGUUAUGUCCAAAACAGUAUCCGUAGUCUUCCAUUCUGCUGCAACCGUCAAAUUUGAUGAACCUCUCAAAGUAGCUGUCGAUAUGAAUGUCCUAGCAACUAGAAGAAUGCUUGAAUUGUGUCAUAAACUUCCAAAUAUAGUAGCAUUGAUUCACGUCUCUACAGCUUACGCCAAUUGCAACCUUUCGGAGGUGGAUGAAGUUGUAUACCCCCCACCUUUCCCUCCGAAGCAAAUCAUAGAUGCUACAGAAUGGAUAGAGCCAGCCUUAUUGGAUUCCAUUACGCCCAAGUUAAUUGGGGAUCGUCCUAACACUUACACAUUCACCAAAGCUUUAGCAGAGAAUCUUCUGGUAGAUGAAUGCGGUUCGCUUCCAGUUGCAAUUGUACGACCAUCAAUAGUCAGUGCUGCUUGGAAAGAGCCUUACCCAGGAUGGAUCGACAACCUGAAUGGACCUGCUGGUAUUAUUGUUGCGGGAGGAAAAGGUGUAUUAAGAACAAUGGUCACUCAUGGAGAAGUUUGUGCUGAUGUUAUUCCUGUGGAUGUAGUUAUAAACCUUAUGCUUGCCGUAGCAUGGUAUACUGCUGUCCAGAGGCCAAACAGUAUCUUGGUGUAUAACUGCACAUCAGGCUCUUUGAACAAAUUGACUUGGGACGAUAUAAUGACUGUCACUUUUCCGUAUCUCUUAAAGUAUCCCAGUGCCGAACUUUUCCGCUAUCCUAGUGGCACCUUUCGUCGGAAUCAGUACAUAAACAAUCUACACAUAGCUUUUCAACACUACUUACCAGCUCUAAUCGUUGAUUUUAUGGCAUACAUUUUUUUCCAGAAACCUGGGAUGAUGAGAGUUUAUCAAAAGGUCCACAAGGCCGUUCACUGUCUAGAGUUCUUCACAACACGAGAAUGGAAGUUCCACUGCGAUAAUGUUCUCAUGCUUAACGAUGCUCUCUCGCCAGAAGAUCAAGAGAAAUUUUAUUUCGACAUCCGCAAAUUGAAUUGGAAGUACUUCUGGGAAAAUCACGUUCUUGGAUGUCGGAAGUUUAUUUUGAAAGAAGAUCCAGCUACCAUUCCGGCAGCAAGGAAAAACUUAAGAAGGCGGUAUUUCAUCUCUAAAUUCACGCACUUCUUGGUUGCUCUUGGUGUGUGGAAAGUAUUCUUUUCUCGAGUGUUAUCUUUGAACAAUAUCUGGUACGCAUUAUCUGCAGCCUUUCUCAAGUUCCAAGCCAUGAUCCAAGAAUAGACUGGGCGCAGCCACUGUAAUAAUUUAUUUAGGUGUCAGCAUAUUAUUUAAGAUCGGUAUCUAAGCUAUCGAAGAAAUAAAGACAAUCCAGUAUUCGCUGAUCAACAGUGAAUAACAAGAUGCUCCGACUUAAACAGCCAAAUGUUUUCGAAUUAGAAAAACUGCAAAAGAUUCAUCAUCUCUAAAAUGCCAUUACUACACUUCAGUUGCGUCUUUAAAUGUGUCGUGUAAUCGUACACUUUUAUGGUGGACAAAGUUUUCUGUAGCUUAAGAGAAGGUUGAAAAUUUUACUCAUUUGGUAAUACUUUCUUAAGUACACUAAUUGUUAUUAAUUGUUACUGUUUCCCCUUUUUUAUUAUUGUUCUUGUGUUUGUAGAAUUAGUUUUGUUGUCCUUGUUAUUCUUAUAAACUGUAAAAUUCAGUUUUAAUGUUGCAUUUUAAUCCCAAUCAAGAAUUCGUUGGUUCUCGUACACGUUUUUUUUCUCGUAAAGUUUAUGUAUGAGUUCCUACGAUGAAUCGCAACCGCAUCCGAGCCAACUUCACACGAAAUGAUGUAUGUUUUGUACAAGAACUAUGUAUUAUACACUGAAUAUGCAUAUAAUGUAAAUUUUGUAUUUAAUAUUAAAAUGAUGUAGUCACAUUGGCUAAAGCAGAA